UUCUGUGGCUUUGUGGAGAUGGGUUUAGUCCACUAUGUCGGGCGUAUAUCAAAAUCCACUACUAAAUUUGUUGCUUCUCCUGAGAAAUGCUCAGUAAUCUUUCAUCGUGGCACAGCACUUGCUGGCCAUGACUUCAAAGUUGGUUCUUCUAGAUCUAUUAGCAUUUUCAGUGUUCAAUUCUAUCAUAAAAAGUCAAUCUUUCUAAACAAGGAACUAUCUUUUAGUGAGAGCUGCAUUCCAUUUAUACCUUAUCGUCUGAUGCUUCAAGUUGAUUUUCACAAUUCUGCUCACUUUUUGGACAAAGCCCAAUUUUCUGUGGAGCCAGCAACCAGUGAAACCUUAGCUACUGUGAACAGGAAGAUAUCAGAAGAUGCUGAUAAAAUCUGCAGAAUGCUCUCUAGCCAGCCUAUUUCCAACGUCAGAAUCUCCCUAGAUGAUGCUGGGAUUAGGAUUUCGCCAGACAUUGUUGCUGAGGUCUUGAAGAAACUCGGCAAUGCUGGAAUGGUAUCUCUCUCAUUUUUUCGUUGGGCUGAGAACAAAGAGAGCUUUGUUUACACAACAGAGAUUUUCCACCAUCUUAUUGAUGCGCUUGGAAAAAUCAAGCAGUUCAGAUUAAUCUGGAGUUUGGUUGAAUCAAUGAAGCAAAGAGGCCUACUUAAAAAGGAAACUUUUGUGUUAGUCGGCAGGAGAUAUGCAAGAGCUAGAAAGAUUAGAGAAGCAAUUCAAGCUUUUGAGAAAAUGGAAGUAUUUGGCCUGAAGCCUGAAUUAGCUGAUUAUAACAGCUUGAUUGAUACCAUUAGCAAAUCCAAGAAUGUCAUGCGAGCUCAGGAGAUUCUUUAUGACUUAAAGAGGAGAAGGAAAUUCUCGCCGGACCUGAAAACUUACACAAUUCUUAUUGAGGGAUGGGGACAAGAAAGAAACUUGACAAGGAUGAAGGAAGUUUAUGAUGAAAUGAUCAAACAAAAUUUUGAGCCUGAUGUGGUGACUUAUGGAAUACUAAUCAAUGCAUUUUGCAAAUCUGGCAAUUGUGAUGAGGCACUCUUAAUAUUCCGCAACAUGGAGGAGAAGGGCUGCAAACCAAGUCCUCACAUAUAUUGUACUCUGGUUAAUGGAUUGGGCUCACAGAAGAGAUUGGAUGAAGCAUUGAAGUACUUCGAACUAUCUAAACAGUGUGGUCACCCUCAUGAAAUUCCAACUUACAAUGCUGUUGUGGGAUCUUACUGUUGGGCUUUAAGGUUUGAGGAUGCUUUCAAAGUUGUUGAUAAGAUGAUGAAUUUGCACAUCGGCCCAAAUGCAAGAACAUUUGAUAUAAUUCUCCACCAUCUUAUUAAAGUGGGGCAAACUGAAGAGGCAUAUAAGGUAUUUCAGAAUAUGGGGAGUUAUGGAGACUGUGAACCGCAACUUAAUACUUAUACCAUGAUGGUAAACAUGUUAUGCGCUGAGGAAAGAGUUGACAUUGCACUUAAAGUGUGGAAGCAGAUGAAUGAAAAAGGAGUUCUUCCAUGCAUGCAUAUGUUCUCAGCUCUAAUCAAUGGACUGUGCUUUGAGAAUAGGAUGGAUGAAGCCUGUAAAUACUUUCAGGAGAUGCUUGAUAAGGGAAUCAGGCCAUCCGGCCAGUUGUUUUCUAAACUGAAGGAAACUCUACUUGAAGGAGGAAAGAAGGAUUUGGCCUAUAUGAUGUCCAUGAAAUUGGAUAAGUUAAGAAAGACACCACUAAAUGGUUGAUGUUUAUGUUUUAAGUCAAAAGGUUUUGUUGGUUCCAUCAUAUAGUAUUGCCUUGUUAUGUCAGCACUAUAAAGUUUUGCAACUGGAACAAGGACUGAUUUUAUGGUAAUGCUUAUUGCUUACGUUGGCUUGCGGAAAGAUGGACCUGCCAGUACCGGCAAAAUUGGAUUUUUUUUCAUUUUACUACAUUUAUGUGAUAGAUGGGAAAUAGAGCAUCGAAGUUUGGUGUUUUUUUGUCCAGAAUUACUGCAGUUUGACUGAUAU